AUGACUUUACACCAGAAAAAAUUUAUCCAAAAUAUAAACACAAAUUUGUCGAAUUGCCAGGUGAAGAUGAACUCGUCGUCGCGAGUUUCCCUCGUCCUGGGAAUGACGAUGGUCUUCUUGGGUGUGGCGAACGGCUGGGGAUCAAACCUCGGGCACGCUGCCCUCCUGGAACGAUUCUCAUGGAACAUCCUGGACUUCGCAUAUCCCGAUGAGCUGAGCAGACAGCUAGCAAUAGCGAGGGGUGAAUACGUUCCGGAAAAUGCCCUUCCCGUCGGUAUCGAGAUAUGGCAGAACAAGCUGUUCGUCACGGUGCCAAGAUGGAAAGACGGAAUUCCGGCGACACUGAACUACGUAUCACUCGACGCGAACUUAGGCGGAUCUCCAAAAUUAACGCCAUACCCGAACUGGGCCCAAAACGAAGCCGGCAAUUGUGGACAAGGUCUGACGACAGUUUACAGAAUCCACGCUGACAAGUGCGACAGACUUUGGGUCCUGGACACGGGAACCAUCGGGAUCGGAAACACGACGGUCCAGGCAUGUCCUUACACUCUGAACGUCUUCGAUCUAACCACCGACAAGCUGAUAAGAGAGUACAAGCUUCGACCAGAGGAUACUAACCAGAACACGUUCAUAGCAAACAUCGCAGUGGACCUUGGAAAGGGUGGAUGCAACGACGCUUACGCGUACAUGUCGGACGAGCUGGGUUAUGGUUUGAUAGUGUACUCAUGGAGCGACCACAAGUCCUGGCGACUGACCCACAGUUACUUCAUGCCGGACCCAUUGACCGGGGACUUCAACAUCGGAGGUUUGAACUUCCAGUGGGGUGAAGAAGGGAUAUUCGGGAUGAGCCUCUCACCCCUGGGAGUUGACGGAUAUCGCACCUUGUUCUUUCACCCGCUGAGCAGCAACCGGGAAUUCGCGGUCUCGACGAGGAUCCUGAGGGACGAAAAGCUGGCCGAGGACAGUUACCACGAGUUCGAUGUCCUGCCGGAGCGAGGACCGUUGGGACACUGUACGGCGUCGGUGAUGGACGACAAUGGGCUCCAAUUCUUCAACCUGAUCGACCGCAACGCCGUCGGUUGCUGGAACUCCCGUCUUCCUUACACCCCAGCGAAUCAAGCGAUAGUCGCGAAGCACGACGAGGCGAUAAUUUUCCCAGCUGACGUCAAGGUCCACGAAGGACUCUUAUGGUUCAUCUCUGACCGGAUGCCGAACUUCCUUAUCUCGAAGCUCAACUACCGAGACGUAAACUUCCGGAUCUUCACGGUAUCGGUCGAGGAAGCGAUCUCAGGAACAGUGUGCGAAGAUCCGACUCUGAAGUUCUCGAGGAACCAGAUAUGGUGGAGACGCUGAGUGUCUUCUGAAGUCUACCGGGUGACUCGCAACGAGACCUGAUCAAGAAGCU